CAUCUCAUUUUUUUAAAGAUCCAAAAGUAAAAUUUUUUUUCUUAUUUACAACAAAACAAAAUAAAAAAAAAAUGUCUGCAACACUUCGCCCAUAUUUGUUGGCAGUACGGCGAACAUUGGAAGCGGCCAUUUGUUUGGUAAAUUUCAAUUCACAAGUAGUUGAACGGCACAAUAAACCAGAAAUUGAAGUUAGAUCAAGUAAAGAAUUAUUAUUGAAUCCUGUGAUCAUAUCCAGAAAUGAACGUGAACGUGUAUUGAUCGAAUCAAGUAUCAAUUCGGUUCGUAUAUCGAUUGCAAUCAAACAAGCCGAUGAUAUUGAAAGCAUUUUAGCACAUAAAUUUACCCGUUUUAUGAUGAUGCGUGCUGAUAAUUUUGUGAUAUUACGACGUAAACCAGUGAAUCUGUCAUUUACAGCCAAUGGUCAAAAUGUUGGUACAUUAACAUUGACACAACAGCAACGUACACCGACCGGAUCAUAUUCAUCGAUCAAUGGUUUCAAAGAUGGUGGUCAAUCACCACAAUAUGAUUAUGAUAUAUCAUUUUUAAUUACAAAUUUUCAUACCGAAUCCAUGUAUCGAUAUAAAUUGAUUGAUUUCAUCAUACAUUUUAUGGAAGAGAUUGAUAAAGAAAUUAAUGAAAUGAAAUUGGCAAUCAAUGCACGAGCUCGUAUUACUGCUGAAGAAUUUUUGAAAAAAUUUUAAUGCAAAUUCAAAAAAAAAAAAAAUUAACUAAACACCCAUAUUCAUUUCAUAUUCCUCAAUUCUUUUUUUUUUUUUUUUCACUAAAUUCCUUAUUGAAUUUUUUUUCCUAAUUAAAACAAAAAUCUGAGCAUCAAUGAUUUGUAUAAAAGCAUGUUCAUCUUUUCGGUUAUUAUUCAUUUGUCAAAUUUUUUUUUCUCA